GUAUCCGGUGCAUGGCAGAUUUUCAGUUUAUUUAUCGGUAUUCGUUCUGAUGAAAAAAUGAUAAAUCGGUGUAGAAUAGUUUAGAUUUUGCAAUAUAGAUUUUUUGUGGUGCUGACCACUUAAUUAUUGUAUUUAUCCGUUACCUAAUGUAACCUAAUGAUUAGCAUUCUUUUUAUUUUUAAUUGGACAGUGUCAUAGUAAAAAUAAUUACCUAUAAUUGUAUUUUUUUUAUUUUAAUUUUGAUAAACGUUAUUUUUAAACAAAAACUGUUGUAAUGACUUUCCAAAAAUGUACUUUCAUAUUCCUGGCGUUAUUAUGGCCUUGUCUUGCUACUAUCGACACUUCACAACUGAGAUGUGAGGUUUGCUGUCGAUUAGUAGAAGAAGUCCAACGCAAUGUUAGUUCUGUGGAUCCAUUGCGUGUUGUAAAAGUGACAAAUUUCCGAUUGGACGGCAAUGGUGAUCAAUCUAAAAGUAAUGUACCAUUGGCCCGGUCACAAAUGUAUUUAACGGAGGUAAUGGAUUCUGUGUGUGAAAAGAUGAGUGACUAUGUCCGUGCUACAUACAAAACGAACGGUUCAUUGACAGUUAUGCCAUUGUUAUUGAACGGCCAAAUGAACCCCUUGAUGAGUGAGGUGGAUAUUGUUCAAGAUUCGGAUUUAAACAAAAGCUUGCAAUAUUAUUGUGAGGAUAUUGUCAGUGAUAUUGAAGAUGAUCUCACAAGUUUGAUAAAAUCAGAAGAUGACAACAAUGCUGUUUAUUCCAUUUGUACAAAAACUGCACAAUUGUGUCAGAACAAAAAUAAGAACACAGAAUUGUAAUUAUCGAACAAAUUUUAUUUUAUAAUUGUAUUAUCUAAAAUGUAUUAUUGACUAUUGUUAUUUGCUAAUAAAAUAAUGUUGGUUUUCUCUUUUCGACA